UGCAACUUUUGGAUUUUAGAGGGCUGAUUGAUUGAUGGAGAAUAACUAAGUAUGGCAUAAUCGUGUUUGAAAACGACGGUGACAAGUCUGAAACACCCGCCAAACAAUUUUCUUCUUCUUCUUCCUCUUCGUUUGUCUCCUUUUUUACACAAAGAAAUCCAAUCCUUGUCCUCCUCCGUUCUCUUCCUUUGCUCUGUACUCCUCGUUUUCAUCACACACCAUUCCUUUCCAUUCCCAUGUCGUCCCACGUUUUCUUUUCUCUCUUAAACUCCAUUCUUUACUCUCUCCCCAUUACCUGAGAACCAUUCACUUCUCACAACCCUUUCGUUUACAAACCACCCUUUCUCUUCUUUUACAAUCAUGCCACCACCUUCCCCUUCUGAAGCAAAUCCAUGGCCAUCUCAUUCUCUCAUCUGGGUUCGAUUCUGUCUCCGUUGCCUCCAAGCUCAUUCGCCUUUACGCCAACUUCAAUGACUUUCCCAGUGCUGUCUCUGUUCUUAACUCCUUCCCAGACCCCCCACCCAUGCUUUGGAACAACGUCAUCAAGUCCCACUUUGACUCGGGUUUGUUCCAUUCCGCCCUUUUGUUGUAUAAAAACAUGAGGGAGGUGAGAGUUGAGCAUGAUGGUUUUACGCUUCCGAUCGUUAAUCAAGUCAUUUUGUCGAUUUGGGUUGAUGUAGUCUAUGGGGGGAUGGUCCACUGUGUCGGAAUUAGAAUGGGGUUUAGUUCUGAUUUGUAUUUCUGUAAUACCAUGAUGGAGGUUUAUGGAAAAUGUGGGUGUUUGGUUUCUGCUCGUGAUGUGUUUGAUGAAAUGCCUAACAGAGACUUGGUUUCUUGGACAUCGAUGAUUUCGGCAUAUGUUAAAGGUGGUGAUGUUUUUUGUGCUUUGGAUAUUUUUGAGGGAAUGAGGAGGGAGUUGGAGCCCAACUCGGUGACAGUAAUCGUGAUGUUGCAAGCUUGUUGUGCGACUCAAAAUUUGGUUCUGGGAAGGCUGCUUCAAUGUUAUGUGGUUAAGAAUGGUUUAUUGUUUGAUACAGGUCUGCAGAAUUCGUUCUUGCGAAUGUAUAGUCGACUGGGUGGGGAGGAUGAAGUUGUGGCAUUUUUCUCUGAAAUUGACUUCAAGAAUGUUGUAUCUUGGAAUAUUUUGAUGUCUUUUUAUUCCUCCAUGGGAGAUAUUGUGAAGGUUGUGGACAUCUUAAACAAAAUUAUGGGUGAAGUUCCACUCAGCAUCGAGACAUUAACCAUACUAAUAUCAGGAAUUGCGACAUCUGAUUCCGGGUGUCUGAUCCUAGGUGAAAAUCUACAUUCCUUGGCAAUUAAAAGUGGUCUUUAUGAUGAUAUUCUGUGCACUUCUUUGUUGGAUAUGUAUGCCAAGUUUGGUGAGUUGGAAAAUUCAACUAGAUUGUUCAAGGAAAUCCCCAAUAGAAGCAUCAUUACGUGGGGGGCUAUGAUGUCUAGUUUUAUUCAGAAUGGACAUUUUGAUGAUGCAGUUGAUAUCUUCAAGCAAAUGCAAGUUGCUGGCUUGAAACCCAGUGUUGGAAUUUUGAAACACUUAAUUGAUGCUUAUGCCUAUUUGGGUGCUCUGCAGUUGGGGAAAGCAAUACAUUGUCACCUCAUUCGAAUCUAUGGACUGGUGGUAUGUAAUACACGCUUAGAAACAUCUGUCCUGAACAUGUAUGUAAGAUGUGGGAGCAUUGCUUCUGCCAGGAAAUGCUUUGACUUGAUCUUAAUUAAAGAUGUUGUUGCGUGGACUUCCAUGAUUGAGGGAUAUGGUGCUCAUGGGCUUGGUAUCGAUGCCCUCAAUCUGUUUCAUCAAAUGACGAGUGAAGAAGUGACCCCAAAUAAUGUCACUUUCUUAAGUCUGUUAUCUGCCUGUAGUCACUCUGGCCUUGUAAGUGAGGGCUGUGGAAUCUUUUAUUCAAUGAGGUCAAGGUUCAACAUUAAGCCUGAUUUAGAACACUACACUUGUUUUGUUGAUCUUUUGAGUAGAUCAACAAGAGUAAGAGAGGCCUUUGCAAUUAUAUUGAGAAUGACAAAUCUCUGUGAUGGCAGGAUUUGGGGUGCUCUUAUGGGUGCCUGCCGGGUGUAUGGAGACAACAAAAUAGCUAACUAUGCUGCACAUAGGCUUCUUGAAUUAGAACCUGACAAUGUAGGGUAUUAUACGUUGUUGAGCAAUUCACAGGCCAGUGUUGGGCAGUGGCAUGAAGCUGAAAAGUUACGUAGUCUUGUGUAUGAGAAAAAUCUUGCCAAGAAACCAGGUUGGAGCUUCAUUGAGUUGAAUGGGACAAUUCAUGGGUUUGUUUCAGGAGAUAGAUCACACUAUAAGGCCAAUGAGAUUUAUGAUUUAUUGGUAUAUAUUUAUAGGAUAAAAUAGGACAGGGUUCUGUUUAUCUAAGCUGCAAUAAGAGUGUCUGAUUAAACCUGGAAUUCUUUUUGGCAUGGUCACUGUGCUAUAUGAAAGAAGGGAAUAUUGGUUAGCCUACCAUAUAACAAUAUAGAAUUGCAUGAGAUCGUUUAAGGUGAUUGAAUUUUUAGUUGCAAGUGAGCAUUUGGAUGUCUGAAAGAAACCAGAUUCAUAAAUAUUCUUUGAAGUUUGAAGCGUGAACAUAUUGAAGGGAGAAGUCUAAUUAGUCAUGAUGGUGAGGUAAGGCUUUUCGUAUUUUCUAACUUUAAACUUACGCUCAUUGCUGUUUAACUAAUCUCUAGUAAUGUGAAUCAUUUAGACUUUUUUUUCACAAUUCUGGGGGACGGACCUGUUCAACAAUUUUGUUUGGUAUUGUAAUGUGAUUAAAGGCUUCUCUUUGGCAGUAUGACGAUUGAGGUCAUGCAUCUUCAGUAUGUGGAUGAUACCUUACACUUUUGUUCUGGGAGUGAUGUAAAGUUGUUGGCUUGAUGGUCUGUUGUCAAUUUAUUCUUGAUGGAAUCGGGCCUUUCCCUAAAUGUCUCCAAAACAUUUCCUAUUGGAGUUAAUCCUAGCUUUGAUGAGAUUGAUUUCCAUGUGUCCCUUCUUGGUGGUAAAGUGGAAAGUUUUCCCUUCAACUUCUUGGGAUUUCCCGUUGAAGGAAAGCAUGGUGCUAAGGUGGUGAGGGAAGCUCUUGAGGAGGCGUUUAAGUUGAUUGAUAAACGGCGUGGAUUGGUUCUCUCCAAAGGUGAUAGGAUAACUCUCGCUCAGUUGGUUUUCAAUAGUUUUCCAUUUCUCCUCUUUGAUGGAAGGAUGACUCUCGCUCAGUCGGUUCUCAAUAGUUUUACAUGUUAUUUCUCCUCUUUGAUGUAUGCUCCCAUGAGUUCUAUUAAUCGCUUGGAGAAACAUUGUUUGAGACUUGGUGUGGAAUGAAGGUACCUGUAAACUGGCCACCCACAUUGUCAAUUGGAAAUGGACCUGUCUCCAAACUAUUUACAGGGGGAUUGAAAUUGGUUUUCAUCACGAGGAGAACGCCCUUUGAAGCCAUGUCAUUAGUGGUAUUUAUGGGGUUGAUGACUGCUGUUGGGGUUCCCUCAUGCCUAGAAACAAGGAAAUUUAGGUUAUGGGUUGGAAUUAUGAAGCAAAACGAGCGUUUCUUUAAUUUUUCUGAGUUUGUUGAGGGAGAUGGUAGAAACAUACGGUUUACACUAUUUUCAUUAAAAAGAAGUCGUUGAUUGCUGGAAGGAAUGGUUUGAAGUAAGCUUGGGAUCUGGGGUUGAGGAGAAGCCUCUUUGAUAGAUAAGUUGGUAGCUCCAUUACUCUUGCUCUAUUGUUGAAUUCUUGGGUGGUGAACAGAAACAUGGACCAUUUACGUUGAACGACUCCUCGGGGCAAGUUGUCUACCAAGUCCACAUUCCUGAACUUUGACUAAGGUGGUCAAGAAAAAUAAAUCCCUAUGGUCAACCUUAUCUGGAAGCUUAAAAUUCUCAAGAAAGUGGAUCUUUCUCCGGUUGCUUAUAAAAGUCUAAAUACUCAUGAGAUGCUUUAGAGGAAGUUUGAAAGUUGUUCUCUUUCCACCAUUUGCUGUCUUUUUCUUAGAGAGAUGGAAACUAUGAAGCACUUGUCUUUACAUUAUGCGUUUGGUUCUAAAGGUUGACAUAUUCUUUUUGAUACUUUUGGGUUGGCUAAUUGUCUCCCUCAGAACAUUGAUGAUUGGAUGGAGGAUGAUCUUGAUGAUGGAAGUUUUCGUACAAAGGAAAGAUUAUUUGGAGAUGUGCUACUUGUGUGCCUUUGUGGUGUCCUCGGUAAGAAAGGAAUAUUAGGAUGUUUGAAGAAAAGUUUAUUUCUUUUGAUUCUUUUUGGGCUCUUGUUUAGCAUACAACUUCUUGGGUGCACAAUUAGACCAAAUUCUUUUGUAACAACAUUCUUGUGAUUAUUGACAAUUGAAGGGCUCUUCUUGUUUAGUUUUUUGUGUGUGUGGAGGGGUAAUGGGGAGGGGAAGGGGUCCUCAAACCCUGCCUUCCGGGUGUUCUUAGGGCUCUUUUGAUGCACAUACCUCUCUGUAUCUUAUGAAAAAAGGAAAUAAAAAGAAUCUCUUGAAUGCCCCGUUCCCCGAGACUAAUCUGACAAGUUUCAUGUUCCUGGUAGUAUCUAUGCUAUACAAAUAUUUAGAGAAUUUUGUUAAAUCGAAAUGAAGAGAAAACCAUGUUUAGUAGUCAAAGGAUACUUCAAAAAUCAUAAAACAGGUUUUUCUAGAGAAUGGCUCGCUGCAUUAUGGUGUCGUGUCUUUGCUUGGCAGCUAGAUGCCACUCGAUCCAGGCCUGAUAAUCACUACAACAAGUGAAAAAAAAUAUAAGUGACUUUGGAGAAUGAAUCCAAAUUUAUUUUUACCUCUCAGAGAAUGAAUCCAAAUCUUGCAAGUUUCUAAGCAACUAAAUGUUGUAUGGUCGAAUGAUUAACCUGUGAUGGUAUAACUAGCACAGCUCCAAAGUUCGGUUCUAGGCACAGAGCAUCGAGUAUAGGUUUUCAGUCUGAGAGGCAUAGAUUAAAAAGAAACUGGGUCAGGCAGAGCUGAGGCAUCCCUACAUUUACUUGCUGGGAGGGGAACAUUGCAGCUGCGAAGGUUUCCACCUUUUGUCUUAUCUGAAGAGUUUUUGGAAGAAGACGUCUUGGAGAAGUAGGCAUUUUGAAGGUUAGAUCGCAUUAAAGCUAGACGACACGAUGAAGGAAGUAUGUGUUCAAGCUCUGUAAUGCAAGGAAGUAGGCGUUUUUGUCCAACAACGCGAGAAAAGUAGGCAAAGGGAGUUAGAAAAAUUUAGGGAAAUUUCCUAAUCUUUUUUAGUCAGUAAAUUACGUGUUGGGAUCAAGUUAAAUAUGGUUAGGAAAGAUAUUAAACUUACACGUGUAAAGUACAAAGUAGGAGCUAGCAAGCCAAGAGGAGUUUAAGAGUGACUAAUCCAAUUUAGUAUUAGUAUAAUAGGACUUGAAGGUCUGAAAUAAAUAUUUUGAAAUAGUUAAGAGAAUUACUUAAGUUGAUUGAAAUAGUUAAGAGAAUUACUUAAGUUGAUUUGCUAAGGAAUCUCUAGGCGAGAGGACAAGGAUUUCUGGGAAUUAGACGUUCAGAAGGAGACCUAGUUUUGUGAGUGACUUUUCCCAAAGGAUGUAGCUUUCAAUCAUUUUUUACGAGUCUUUUAUUGUUAUGCAAAUGUUAUAAAGAUCAUAGUUAUUAAGUAUCGAAGAAAUGUUAUAUAUUAUCCUUUUAGCAA